AUGAAAAUACAGACCAAUGCAGUUAAUGUUCUGGAGAGAACAUCUGCUUAUCUCAGGACGGGUGUGAUAAAGGAGACCCCGGCGUGGUACAAUGUUGUUGCGUCUAUCCCACCCGUUACGAAGUUUACCAGAGAGCCACAUAAGAUAAAUCCAAGUACUGACAAGAAAGUGAGUGAACUAAAAGAUCCUGAUCUCGAGAGUGUGAACCGCAAUGGCCUUUACAAGACCAGAUUUAAUGCAUUGGAAAGAAAAGUUGCCAAUAAGCAGAUAUAUAAGCCUCCAAAGCUAGUUUAUCUGGAGGACAAAAUAAGAACGCUAUUCUACAAGCAACAUCCAUGGGAACUUGCCAGACCGAAAAUAGUCUCCGAGAAUGAGAUCAACACAAAUCCAGAUUGGAAGAAUAUGCUACAGUUAGGCCAACCACUUGAUGGAGAAAACGUUGUUCAGAGGACUUUGUACUUGCUGAAAACGAAAGAGCAAAGCAAUAUCACGGAUGCAUAUGACCAAGCGCGCCUGGAGUUCUACAGACUUCGGAUGCAGCAAGAAUUGGAAGAGCAAGUGGCAGCAGAAGAAGCAGAGAUGUUUGGCUCGGUCUUUGGCCCAUCAACUAUCGAGCACGGUGUUACCAAAGAACAACAAGUCAUUGAGAAGUGGAAGCGUGAUGCAGAACUCCAAUCAGAGCUCCUAUCAGCCAAGAAGGAGAAUGCAUCAAAGGCAGCCGGUGAUGCUUCUGCUGUAUCGUCUGAAAAACAAGUAGAAGAUGAUGUAGUUAACUUUGAUGAAUCCACAGACGCUGAUCAAGAAGUGCUUCAUUUCUGA